AAAGCAGAUUCAAACCGGAAGCACCGACCCAUGGGACUGAGUUGAAUUUCUUGAAACUGGGAACCAGUGGAUGGAAGUUGAGAACUGUUUAAGAGAACAAGCCCGCCAUUACUGAGACGACUACAAUUGAAUCCGCAAAAGGAAGAAUUCUAGAGAAAGGAAGAGCUGAGAAACCCUAAAUAAUGUGGAGCAGAGCUUGUUGUAUCCCUAAUUCAAUAAAAUUACCAUCGCCAACAUCAAGUUAUUUACGUAGCCUCAAGAAUACUAGUAAUAGAUUAAGUUUAUCUCCAUUGAAACCUACUCAUACUUGUUCUUUUUCUAAACCCUUUAUCACACUCGCAUCUAUAUCACUUUCAGCUUCCCAUUUUCUAUCACCUAUCAGCUUCAAGGAUAUUACUUUGUCUAAGAGAAAAGGCAUGACAACUCCUAAUGGAAGAGCCUCUUGUAGUUCUGGAAGCAGUGGAGGAGGUGAAAGCCGGGAAAUCCUAGUUCAGCAUUUACUUGUUAAAGAAGAGGAUCUUAAACUUCUGGUGGAGCUUCAAGCGAGUAUAGCAAGAGGACUGGAUCUAAGUGACUUGGCUGUCGAGUACUCAAUUUGUCCAUCAAAAGAUCAGGGGGGCAUGCUUGGAUGGGUUAGGAAGGGGCAGAUGGUGCCAGAAUUUGAGGAAGCAGCUUUUAGUGCCCCUUUAAACAAAGUUGUUCGAUGUAAAACCAAGUUUGGAUGGCACUUGCUUCAAGUAGUGUCUGAGAGGGAAGAAGCUGUGCUUCAAGAUGUUCAGCCAGAGGAGUUUCAUAUAAAAAUGCAAGACCCAAGUUUCCAUGAAGAGGCCCAACUAUUAGAUGUUCGAGAACCUGAAGAAAUCACCCAAGCUUCGUUGCCUGGUUUUGAGGUUCUUCCUCUUCGUCAGUUUGGCAGUUGGGGGUCAGAAGUAACAACCAAAUUCAAUCCUGAAAAAGACACUUAUGUUCUGUGUCAUCACGGAGUUCGGUCUCUACAGGUUGCAAAGUGGCUCCAGGCACAGGGGUUCAAGAGAGUAUUCAACAUUGCUGGAGGAAUUCAUGCAUAUUCAGCGAAAGUUGAUCCAUCUAUCCCAACUUACUAGCAAAGGAUGAUUGUCUUAUUAGAUCAACUAGAUGUAUACGACUUAUGUUAUGUCUUGAAAUGAAGACUUCAGUUUUGAUGAUAUCUUUAAAGCUUUUUAAACGAAAUAUGUAACACUGAAACUGGUCACAGAUACGCAAGAUAGGAGGGUCUCCUAAUAAAAGUCUUUUCGUGUUGUACCCCCUUCA